AUGAUCAAUCCAUUCUUGUUUAAGAAAAAUGAAAAGCUUGCGGCGACUUGUAACUAAUACGACUACAAGAUAUUCACAAAGAAAUAUGUGCUCUAAUGCGCAACAUGAAAAUCCAAUACUUAACUAUGAGUUUUAUCUACGUCUUGAAAAGCAUAAAAAUGAAGAUGCACAUCGAAGUUCGUCUGGAACCCCUAUAGAUCCACGCAGUGCAUUGCAAAACGAAUUGCACGAGCAGAACAUUAAACGCUGGGUUUAUGAUGCCAAUACCAAGAUCUCAAUUGGAUGGAAGCAACUUGAGUGGAUACUGAAAAGUCAAAUAAUGUGUGGUUCUUAUUCGCCUGUUGUCAAUAGAGUCUCUGAGGAGUUUCUUGGAGAAACUACAGGAAACAACAUAAAAGAAUUUUUAAGCGAGUGUUAUGUUUUUGAUUGUAAAGAAUACGAGAGGAGCAUAAAAGUGCCGGCCGAUCCAGACGACAGGUGGAACCCGUACUCAAAAAAAAUGUUUCUGGAUUAUCCUGGUGAACAAAGACUAACGCGAAAUAUGUUCACAUCUGUGUUGAAAAAUGCAUUGAAUCUUUCUCGCGUCAUAUCAGCUGAAGCUUCUUGUCGGACGUUCACUUCGUUUGACUCACCAAUUCAAACUAUGUACGAUAGAGGAAAUAUGAAUUCGAUUCUUCUACGACAAGAUAACUGUCUAAAUUUCAUGUCCUCGAAAUGUCUUCCUCUAAUCAGCAACAAAGAGGAAGUGAAAUCAACAGAAAAUUACAAAUUUGAUGAUUUCUAUCCUCUAAACCCGCUUUUGGAUUUCAAAUUUACUGAUUUGUACAACGAUUACGAGUCGUUCGGCGUCGCAAGCAAAGAGUCGAAAGAUGAAUUCUUCCCUCAUACUAGCUUUUUACCGGCAGUCACAGCAAAAAGCGACAGAAUGCAGUACGCGGUUUGUUUUAUCGCUUUUUCAAACGCUCUAACGAAAGCCAGACAUCUGUAUGGUUCAGAAGAGUUAGAUUUGGAAACGCCUAUUGUGGCACAGUGUGUUGGUAGUACAGGGUUUGAUCUUCAUUUUGCGACUUGUCAAUUAAACACUACCCGAUUUGGAGAUGACGAAGGCGUGAAAAAUAUGAUUUGGGUUCAGCCUAAUAUUUCUUUUUACAAAUCGGUGAGAAGGGAGUUUGAUUUGCUCGUUGAUGGCUAUAACGCAUCGGCUGGUUUGACGUUAAUGGCACAUGUUAUGAAUGGCUUAGUUAAUGAUGUAAAUUGACAUUUUGAGUUA